UGAAGCUCCUGUCAGAGGGUGAGUCUGUCCUAUCCGAGCAUCUCCCAGGGCCCACCACGGCCCCACAAUCCAACGUCCCACCCCAACACCCCUAAAGAGAAACCCACCGAAGCAGGACCUAAGGAUUUUGGCAGUUCUGGUCUAGGGUCCUCAUCGGUUUUCAAGGACAAGCAUGGCUGAUAAACUGGGACUGGCAGGUGUGGCGGACGAGCCCAGCGCCAUGAACAUCUUCUCUCUGCUGGAGAGGGUGUCCGGGAUCAUAGACAAUGUUCAGGCCUGCCAGCAGCGGAUGGAGGAGAGGCAGCUGGAGCUGGAGAACACCGUCAAGACCAUCCAAGCAGAUGUAGUCAAGCUGACGAAGGAGCACACGGCGACCAGUGGCACCGUGGAGAAACUUCUGGAGAAAACACGCAAGGUCAGCUGCCACAUCAAGGACGUCCGCGUGCGGGUGGAGAAGCAGAACGUUCGAGUCAAGAAGGUGGAGGAAACCCAAGUCGAGCUGCUGAAUAAGAACAAGUUCCGUGUCGUCAUCUACCAGGGAGAUAAUGAGGUCCCAGCUGUGGCUGGUCCUAAAGCCUCUCCGAAGGGAGCAACGGGUGGAGACGCUGCAGCAGACCCAGAUGCACCAGAGGCUCCGCUCCCUGACUCGGAUGAGGAAUACAUGGUUGUUGAAGAAGCCGAUUCAUCCACUGCUGCCAAACUAAAGAAGACCGGCCUGAAGCGCAUCGAAAGCCUGAAGCAGACCUUCUCACGCGAGAACAUGACUAAGACCAAAGAGAACCUGGGCACCAAGGUCAACAAGCUGGGCGAGCGCAUAGUAACAGCCGAACGGCGUGAGAAAAUCCGCCAGUCAGGAGAACGACUGAAACAGUCUGGCGAGCGCUUCAAGGAAACCAUCACAAAAACCGUACCAGCAAAGCUGAAUCUGAAGAAGGAAAGGACGGUGGCUGAGGGUCAGGAGGGGGCAGAAGGGACCACAGAAGGAACAGCACCCGUCCCACCACCGAAGGGUCGUAAACCCAGUCCUGAGGUGGCCUACACAGAGCCAACGCAGAAACAAGAAGGUCCAGAUGAGGGCAAGGGUGAGGAAUCAGAAGUACCGAUGUAUGAUAUGAAGCAGCUUUCUUAAGCUUAAGCAGGCCUGACAGCCACAUUUUGCGAAAGACUAAUAUACAGAUAUGGAUUCGAUUACAGAGAACUAGAAGGUGGAAAGAUUGGAAAGACCAGAGAUCCUGAUUGGAUCAGUGGAUGGUUCUUGCGACAACUGAAUGAACGAAUUGAGGAAGUUGAAUUCUACAAACAAUAUGUGUCUUUUGGGGGGAGGUGUGGGGGAUAUUUUUGUUUACAUCUGUUAUGUGCUAUGAAGGGUGAUGAAUGUCAAACCACCAUAAUGAGAUGACUAGUUUAAUGAUUUUUAAUUUAACUUUUAGUUAGUUUUUUUGGUCACACUGACACCUAUGGGUGUGGAUGAAGUGUUGUAUAAAAUAAAGGUGUUUGGUAAGAUACUUCUUUCACAGAUGUGUAUUAUAAUAGAGGUAUUACUGAGAUAUGUUGAAUAGCGUUCGGCUGGUCUUGUGAUCCUUAUUUUGCUGCGUUCACAUCAAACCAGGAUAAAUCACACUAUUCAUACGUAAAUACACGCACGAACAUUGUAAGCUUACUCGCUUCAUUCGCACUUUUGGAUUUGCAUCAUGUGCAGGGUUUCUGUCUGCCCGGUGACUCUAGCUUCGUUGCUAAAUGGCUAACAUGAAUUUUAUUGAGAGACCAGCUGUGAUUAUGUGCUUUAGGAAGGCUGAUAAGUAGCGUCGAUUCAUUAGGAGCUGUGUCUGAGUCCACCAGAUCCAGGUGCACCCAGCUCUGUGAGUUUAUCAACUCCUCCAGAAACUGCACCUGGAUGAUGGAAGCUUUCAGCUGUGUUCUGACAGAGCCAAGCCCAGUUUGAUGAACUGUUGUCCGGUGUUGGUAAUAGGAUUUUUCCUCGGUACACCAACAACAGGAGCUACAUCAAAAUCACGCCCCAACAAGAGAAAAUUUCUGACUGGUCAAUGCAGCGCGAAUGUCUGCUGAAUUUCAGAUUGUCCAACAACGUUGAUCAACACGCGCCGCUUCAUUUGCGUGAAUCGCGCCGCAGGAUGUCUAUUCUCGUCUUUGCAUGACCUAACAUGUAAAUCACUCUUGCUUGACGCUUCAUCUGCAUCUGGAGUGAACGCAGCACAAGAAGUCCCCCAUUAUAAGAGAACAAUUUUCUUUUGUAAGUCACCGAUCCCUUUAUUCAUUCUUUAGUAGUAAAAUGCUUUUAAGACAAAGAGCUGAGUGAACCUAUUAUUUAUUAGGCGUGUGCAAUAUUAUUUAAAAGAAAUUUCACCAAACAGUCAAAAUGAUUUACACAAAUACAGAUGAAUUACACAAUUCAGAUUUUUUUUUUUUUUUUUGGACUUCAGCUGACAUCCAGCAUGUCCAGCGAUGGAUGAGUUUAGAAUGACAUUUUUCAGUUUAGAUGUUGUAGUUGAUUACUUGUGCAGGCGAGUCAUUUCUAACAACAUUUUUCUGUGCCUUUUCUGUGAUUUUCUUGUAAACUAAAAAAGAUCAGCUUUCGCAGUAUAACUUUGGUGAUUAACCAUCACUAUUCAGUUGUAUCAUUAUUUUUAAAUAAACACAUGAACUCAA